GUUUUUAACCCUGAACAGUUUUUAAGGUUAUAGUAAUGUAAGGUUUCGCGCUCUCACGCUGGUUUUAAAGUAGAUUUUUAUCAGAAAUUACAUUUAAAACGAAUUAAAUCCCUUUUCAUUGUGGUUGAUUUUUUUUUAUUCCUUAUAGUUUUAACCUUAUUUAAAAAUGGUGAAGAUAUCUUGUGCAUUAGACGUUAGCUCAGCACCUAAUUUAAAAAAUAUGUUGGUGUAUACAUCAGAAAAUGGGUUUGAUCAUUUAUGCUUACCCAUAUCACACCCAAGGUACAAAAGAAUUUUUAAAGCUAAUGUACAAGAUAGACAUUCUUUAGCUUUCACCAGAUCAGAAAUGAUUCUUAACCUAAGAGAUUGGAACACAUCUGUGAUUGGACGGAUUAGCAGCUAUAUUGAUGUUGAUAGUAAUCACGAACCUUACAGAAUACAAAGUGAAAAAAUCCUCAAUCAAGAACUUAUGUAUAUAUCACAUUUAGGCAUUCAGACAUCGAUAAUAAAAUUGCACAAACGAAACAACAUUAACCUUUCACGAAUAAUAUAUGAUAGGUGUCAAGAGAAUACCCUUUACCAAACAAAUUUUAACCUUUCUCAGCAGUUAUGGUUUGAAGUACCUAUGGAAAGUCCUAAAUCUAAAACUGCACUCUUUCGCUCUGAUGUGGCCGAAGAUGAAGAAGAAGAUGAUCCUUGGGAUUGGUGGUGUGAAAUGAGACAUAUGACCUCAUCUGACCGGAGAUUAGGCCUAGCUUUGUUAUUGGCAACAGAUUUGCCAAGCCAGGAAGUGCAGAACCGUUGGCUCGGUGAACCCAUCAAAGCCGUUAUUAUUCCAACAUCUAUAUUCCUAACAAACAGGAAAGGCUAUCCUGUGCUAUCUAGAAGUCACCAAACAUUCGUCAAGAGAUGUGCUGCUCUUGGUGCUCUACCGAUUGUUACUGGAAUCAUUAGACAUGUAGCGCCUAGGAACUAUCUUCAGUAUAUUGAUCAUGUCUAUCAAUCAAACAAUUGGACAGAUCCCGUGAUACCUUACACGCGAGGAUUUGAGGAUCAUUUACAAAUACCCUUACAGCCAUUAAUGGACAACCUUGAAUCCCAUACUUAUGAAAUCUUCGAAAAGGAUCCUGUAAAGUACACAGAGUACAAACAUGCUAUAUUCCUUGCUCUUUUGGAUAGAGUACCUCCAGAAGAAGCUGAAACUAAUGUUCAGGUUGUAAUGGUGGUUGGUGCAGGUCGGGGACCCUUGGUAGAUGCAACUCUAAUGGCAGCAUCUUCUGCCAAAAGGAAAGUUAAGGUGUAUUGUGUAGAAAAGAAUGUAAAUGCACUUGUGACAUUGUAUUCGACAAAGUCGGAUGAAUGGAAGGACUCAGUUGAAGUUGUUUGUUCUGAUAUGAGGGACUGGAAACCGCCUGUAAAAUGUGAUAUAUUAGUGUCAGAACUGUUGGGCUCUUUUGGAGACAAUGAGCUAUCACCAGAGUGCCUUGAUGGUGCUCAACACUUACUCAAAGAUGAUGGCAUCAGCAUUCCUGGUGAAUAUUCUUCCUACCUCUGUCCAAUACAGUCAUGUAAACUUCAUGCAGAAGCUGGGCACAACAUUGUACCUGUCGGCAAGUUGCCCGUUGCAAAGUAUGAAAUGCCCUAUGUCGUUCAUCAAUUGAAUACCUAUCCUAUUUCACCUAUUCAAAAAGCAUUUACAUUCAUCCAUCCUAACAGGGAUGAAGAAGCCGACAAUAGGAGGUUUAAAACAUUUAAAUUCAAAGUGGAACAAGACAGUGUUCUUCAUGGAUUUUCUGGAUAUUUUGAUACAAUACUUUAUAAAGAUGUUAAAUUAAGCAUUGUACCUGAAUCACAUUCAAAGGGAAUGUUUUCUUGGUUUCCCAUAUAUUUUCCUAUCAAGGAUCCUGUAAAACUCAAAAGUGGAGAUGACCUAGUUGUCCACUUUUGGCGGUUAGCUGACAAGAAAAGUGUUUGGUACGAGUGGUGUGUUUCCCAACCUGUUCAAACUCCUGUCCACAAUCCAAAUGGAAGGUCCUAUAGCAUAGGACUGCUUUAACAAUUAUCUUUAGAUAUUAAAUAAACUUUUUUUUAAAAAAAGUAAUAACUAUAGAAUAAACAUAUAUAUUUCUAAAAUGUUUGGAAAUUUGGUUCAUUUUAUAUAUAGGCCAUAUUUUUAUAGUUAUAAUAAAAAUUGAUCUCAGGUAAAAAAUUUCACCUUUUUUUGAAAUAUUCAGAUAAAUAUGUUUAGCUUAAGCCUACAUUACUAAACUUUAAAUGUUUCUGGCUUUGGCUUAUUUUUGUGUCCUUCAAUAAAAACAAUAGUAA